AUGUGCAGGGCUCCGAGCUGCAAAGAUAUCGGACAAAAGCACGAUAAAGUCACGAAGCGCCGAGCUAUGAUGUUCUUCGAAUUCGUAUCCGGUCUCGACCAUUCCUUCCACAUCAUGAGCGAAGCGACGCAGGACAACUGGCGCCACAUCCUUGAGGACAUCGAAAAUCUUGUCAAGAUGUUCACGUACGCCGAUGAGCAGCAGGAUGCAGCGGCCAAGAAGGAAGCCAAGAAGCAGAGACGCAUAGCACAGAUGGAACUGGCCUUUGGUAUCAUCACAGCAGUUUUCGGGUUACUUGGUGCAGGCAUGAACGUUCUGAAUUAUGAGACCACCAACACUGCGAACGUCCUGAAUCGCUUCCUUUGGGGGCAGAGGUCGGCGUCAUUUUGGCAGCGCUCGGUGAAUACAUUCACUACAUUGGCACGCAACAACGGCCGACUGAGUACCUGGAGAGCGCCUCAGAAACUCUUUAACGGCGAACUCAUAGGACCCUUGCAGAAGCAAUGGACUAUCGCCAGCGCGGCCUAUCUAGGCUUGCAAGGUCUAACGAAGGAGGUCGUCAAAGAGAUCAAUCACAAGAAGGACAUUAAAGGUUUUGAGAAGACUCUCAGCGCGGUAGAAGGCGAGCUGGCGCUACUCGACACUUCCGCUACCGAAGAGGCGCAGAAUGCGAUGCAAAUCAUCACCACAGGCGGUACCACUCGAGACGGACACAAUAUAGUGCACCUUGAUCUUGAGGAGCAAAUUCUGACAGUGUGCAGGAAGACAGAAGGCGUAUACAUCGUCGAGUCUUUGGUUAAAAGCGGGGACUGCGACAGCGACGACCGCGGGCCAGCAGACCUCAAAGUCUGCCUGCUCGAACGGCCCGAACGAUCAUACUGGGUUUAUGCCAUCUCAAACUACGACGACAAGAAGUUACGGGCCCCUCCAGGGUUGGAAUACCUCAACACAACGCACCCAUUCCACGGGAUCUGGCUCCAAGACGUCGUCCGAUCUUCCCUUUGGUGGGUUGAAGUACACAGACCUAGCUCAUUGCAACCGGAGUGGGUGCAUGACGCAUCGUCAUCAUCUGAUUCUGACACCGACACCGACUCUGACUCUGACUUUGACGAGUACGCUAUUCCAGCCAUCAACAUCACUUCCUCUGCCGGAAAUACCACGUACCUUGACGACUACGGGAAUGUGCCAGGCACGUUUCGCAUACCCAUCUGCCACAGCUGGAACGGUGAGGCCAUCUCGAGUAUCAAGAGCAAGCACAAGGUCAACGGACCCUGUCUCUGCGAUGCCAUGAACCCACAGGUGGGAAGCUUCUGGGAACAAGCAAACAAUUGGACUACGGCAGCCACGAAGUUCUUUGUGAAAGAAGGUGGCUUCUUCAACUUCAACAACUAUGGGAAGAUCUGUGGGGGCAAAUGUGACCACGUGGGUAGCUGGGCGUCUCUACUAGGUCUUGGCAAAGACGACAAGCCAGCAAAGCACAUGAAGAAGGCUUGGGGCCGCCAUUGUCAUGCCAAGGGGUGGAAGCACUGGCCACUGGGACCGGCACAGUUGGUAGACCCAGAUUCUACAACCUCAUCGAGCGCACCAGCGGCUUCGGGUACGCCUGACGACCCAGACGUAGCCCCAGAGCCGCCGUUUCAACCGACCCCCACCCGAGAUCCUAUCGUCCAAGCUACGACCCAGCUGCUCACCCACGAGACACGCUACCCGAAGAACACCCCGAAGAACAUAACGCGACAAGGUGACUGCAAUGGGCCAUACUGUAUCGUCGACGCCGUCUACCAGAUCACAGAGCAACACUACGAAUACACAGUCGACGCUUCAGUGCGACCCAACGACCAAGGUUGCUUCCUUGGCGACCUGUGGUGUUUUGAGCAAUCCGCCCACGACCUCUGCGAACAGUUCGACGACGAAGAUGAGAUGGCAGCCGAAGCCGAAGCCGAAGCGAAUGGAGAAGAGGAAGAGGAGGUCGGCUCAGACGAGGACGAGUACGCGGACUUUAUCCAAGACGACGAGACUCCCGAUGGCGACGGCACUCCUGGUGGCAACAGCACUUCCGACGGCACCAACGAUCCCGAACGUACCGCCACUCCAAACGGCGAUAAGAAUGCAAACGACCCGAAGAAGGACCCUGCAUCCGAGAAGACCGAAGGCGAGAAGGCGCUUGAAGCAGAGACCGACUUGGCAAACAGACGAGCGGCGUGUUUCUGCCCUGGAGUCAACGGUACAGAGGGUCAACCCGGUAUCAACUGCUCUGCCGGCAAGAUCACCACGAAGACUACCACUAUCAAAGGCCGCAUGAAGCAAACAGUCACCCCCUUGAAGCCUUUCUCCAGCAAACCGACGUCUUCCGGGGGAGCUGGUGGAGCUGCAGGUAAAGCUGCAAGCGGAAGCGGAAGUGUAGUAUACCACUGGAAUACCGUCACCGUGGAGGCCAAGCGAGAUGUACUGGCUGAAGUGUUGAGUCUGGCUACGCCUACGGGGGUACCGAGUCUUGCUACGCCCAUGGAGGUACCGAGUCUGACAACGCCUGCGGUGGCGCCCGUGUUUCUGACCGGUAGCUUCUCCUCAUUCGCUGCGUUCACGACACUGGGCAUGGCCUGA